AUGGGUAGGACCUUGUCUUCGGCCUUUCGUGCCGAGAACUUGCGGGAUCUCUUGCAAGGGGUGGAUGAGGACAGCCAGGACGAAAUUCUCACAAAGCAUUUCGAGUUCGCCAUCCGCACUUUGAAACAAUUCUGCGAGUUCAGCAUACUGUUCUCUGCAUUUCCUUGGCGGUUCUGUCUUCUCCAAGAGGAGCAGUACUGCAGUCAGGUGCUGCAGGAGAUGCAGCGAGAAUGGGAGCUACUGCUGCGGCUGGAAAGCCAUCCCAACGCCAGCACUACGUGGCCCCUGAACCAAGUUCACCAGGUCAGGUGGCACGUUUACCGCGAGGUGAUGACCUUUGCUGAGGAGCGAUCAUGGGUUAUGUGCCCACAGAUUUUGGCCUUGGCUCGAGCCUGGGAUUCCGAUCCAUGCUCGACAUUGUCGGUCGAGAACAGCUUCAGGUCAUUGAGACGUGGAGAAAAGAAUCAGGAUGGACCUGCCUCGGCACCGCAGCUUCAAGCAAUUUCCAUUCGAUCCGUGAAUGAAAGAUUUCAGAAGUUUGAGGUGAUCGAGCCCUCCCCGAGCGACAUCCACACAGUGCCGGUGUCCCAAACCAUGAAGGCAGGAGUGUGGGACUCCAGACGCUGCACUGGACAAGAGACAGGCCUUGGCAACUUCAGUGGCAUGGUGAAAGCCACGGUUCCGAGUCCUCAUUUCCUGACACGUCGCUCACUCAACCUGUGGGCGGAGAUGAAGCGAACUGACGGCGACUUGCAACGUGCAUGGACGGCGGAGCUUGUGCGGCCCGGCCAGGUGCUGCAGGACAGAGAGUCCUCGGCCUUGGUCGUCGAUGCCCCAUUUGUCGUCGUCAAGACGUUGCCCUUGAAGCGGGAUCAGAUGCUCAUUGACGGCCGCGAGGCUUCCGUUGCUGAGAUUGAGCUGGAGGGCCGCUUCCAGCUGCAG